CGGCGGGGGCGGCCGACCCUCCGCAGCCAGCCCCGGCCCGUCCGCGCGUGUCCCGCAGCCGCCCGCCACACGCACCGAGCAUGAGGGAGAUCGUGCACAUCCAGGCCGGCCAGUGCGGCAACCAGAUCGGGGCCAAGUUCUGGGAGGUCAUCAGUGACGAGCACGGGAUAGACCCCAGCGGCAACUAUGUGGGGGACUCGGACCUCCAGCUGGAGCGCAUCAGUGUCUACUACAACGAGGCCUCUUCUCAUAAGUAUGUGCCUCGGGCCAUUCUGGUGGACCUUGAGCCCGGAACCAUGGACAGCGUCCGGUCUGGUGCCUUUGGACAUCUUUUCAGGCCUGACAACUUCAUCUUCGGUCAGAGCGGAGCCGGCAACAACUGGGCCAAGGGGCACUACACGGAGGGCGCCGAGCUGGUGGACUCCGUCCUGGACGUGGUGCGGAAGGAGUGUGAGAAUUGCGACUGCCUGCAGGGCUUCCAGCUGACCCACUCGCUGGGCGGGGGUACAGGCUCGGGCAUGGGUACCCUCCUCAUCAGCAAGGUCCGGGAGGAGUACCCGGACCGCAUCAUGAACACCUUCAGCGUGGUGCCGUCGCCCAAGGUGUCGGACACGGUGGUGGAGCCCUACAACGCCACGCUGUCCAUCCACCAGCUGGUGGAGAACACGGACGAGACCUACUGCAUUGACAACGAGGCCCUGUACGACAUCUGCUUCCGCACCCUCAAGCUGGCCACGCCCACCUACGGCGACCUCAACCACCUGGUGUCGGCCACCAUGAGCGGCGUCACCACCUCCCUCCGCUUCCCAGGCCAGCUCAAUGCCGACCUGCGCAAGCUUGCCGUGAACAUGGUGCCCUUCCCCCGCCUGCACUUCUUCAUGCCGGGCUUCGCGCCGCUCACCGCCCGCGGCAGCCAGCAGUACCGCGCGCUCACGGUGCCCGAGCUCACCCAGCAGAUGUUCGAUGCCAAGAACAUGAUGGCCGCCUGCGACCCCCGCCACGGCCGCUACCUGACCGUGGCCACCGUCUUCCGCGGCCGCAUGUCCAUGAAGGAGGUGGACGAGCAGAUGCUGGCCAUCCAGAGCAAGAACAGCAGCUACUUCGUGGAGUGGAUCCCCAACAACGUGAAGGUGGCCGUGUGCGACAUCCCGCCCCGGGGGCUCAAGAUGUCCUCCACCUUCAUCGGCAACAGCACGGCCAUCCAGGAGCUGUUCAAGCGCAUCUCGGAGCAGUUCACGGCCAUGUUCCGGCGCAAGGCCUUCCUGCACUGGUACACGGGCGAGGGCAUGGACGAGAUGGAGUUCACCGAGGCCGAGAGCAACAUGAACGACCUGGUGUCCGAGUACCAGCAGUACCAGGACGCCACAGCCGAGGAGGAGGGCGAGAUGUACGAAGACGACGAGGAGGAGUCUGAGGCUCAGGGCCCCAAGUGAGGCGGCUAGAGGGCCAGAGCCAGGCUGCGGCUGGGGCCCCAGAGGCCUGACCCCAGAGCUGUGUCGCCAUUAACACCACCCCAGCCUCGCCCCCGCCAGCUCCGGCCGAGGCACCCCAGGCUCCCAGUAUUUACCGCAUCCCCACCCCACGUGAGUCCCGUCUCCUCACCAUAGGUCAGGGCUACUUCUGUGUCUGCUUUGCUGUCAGCUCCAGGCCUGUGUUAUGGUUCGUUUGGUUUUCUUUUCUUUUUUCUUGUCUUUUCUUUUUUUUUUUUUAAACUGGAUUGUGUUUUUAUUUUGGGGCGGGGGGAUACUUAAUAAAUUUAUUGCUGUCAGAUA